GCCUACCAUGACUCAUUUGUUCCGGUUGAAAACGACAGGGUUUGUUUGAUCUUGGUUAAGAUAUUUAAAAAACAUCGCUGUUGCCUUACCACAUAGUAAGACCUAAAAGCUCAUUUUUGUUUUCAUACAUUUUUGAUUUCGUGGCGGUAACUAGUAGAAACCGCUGACGGUCUUGUAAACAUCCUGUGGAUUUGAAAAUAAUCUUUGGGCGGGCGGAAGAAACUAAAAAGUCAGCGCCAUUAUGUUUGUUUUUAGUGGGAGGAGGAGUGGAAAAAAGUAAACUACGGCCGCCAAAAAAAAACUACAAUUGGAGCGUAAUUGGAUGAUAGAAGUGCUACACCUGGUGGAGAGAGAUUGUUGGUGUCCCCCCCUCACCCUUAGGUGAGAAGGUGCUGGGACAAUGUUUUAUGCUCACUUUGUCCUCAGCAAACGUGGGCCGCUGGCCAAGAUCUGGCUAGCGGCCCACUGGGAUAAGAAGCUCACCAAGGCUCAUGUGUUUGAAUGCAACCUGGAGAGCAGUGUGGAGAGCAUCAUCUGCCCCAAGGUGAAAAUGGCCCUGCGUACAUCAGGUCAUCUGCUCCUGGGGGUGGUGAGGAUCUACAACAGGAAAGCCAAGUACUUGUUAGCUGACUGUAAUGAGGCAUUCAUCAAGAUCAAGAUGGCCUUCAGACCAGGUGUGGUGGAUCUGCCAGAGGAGAACAGAGAAGCUGCCUACAACGCCAUUACCAUGCCAGAAGAGUUCCACGACUUCGACCAGCCACUACCAGACUUGGACGAUAUCGAUGUCACCAAGCAAUUCACAUUGAACCAGAGUCGAGUGGAAGAGAUCACCAUGAGGGAGGAGGUGGGCAACCUGAGCCUGCUGCAGGAGAAUGACUUCGCUGACUUUGGAAUGGACGACCGGGAGAUGAUGCGUGAGGAGAAUGCCUUCGAGGUGGACAUCAUCCACGGGGCGUCAGCCUCUAACCUGCUCCUAGACCCAGAGACCUCGGUUGCCCAGAUCACAGACAACUCCAACCACCUGGAAUACGACGACCAGUACAAAGAUGACUUUGGAGAGGACCCCAUGGCUGAGAGCGAGGGAGGCAUGCUGGUUGACAAGCUCCUCAGUAACGAGGAUGGGGAUGGCAUUUUCGACGACCCUCCCGUCAUCACCGAGAGUGUGCUGAGACUGCAGGACCACGAUGACGAAGAUGACUUUGAUGCCCUCUCACCGGGAGGUCCAGACAGCCCAGACUCAGGCCCAGCGGAGCUCCUGCCCGCCAUGCAGGACCAGACAGAGCAGACCACGCUGGUACACAACGAGGAGGAGGCCUUCGCCCUGGAGCCCAUCGACAUCACAGUGAAGGAAACCAAAGCCAAGAGGAAGAGGAAGCUAAUUGUGGACAACCUGAAGGAGCUGGACAGCAAGACCAUCCGUGCCCAGCUCAGCGACUACUCUGACAUCGUCACCACGCUGGACCUUGCGCCGCCCACCAAGAAGCUGAUGAUGUGGAAAGAGACUGGAGGCGUGGAGAAGCUCUUCUCCCUGCCAGCACAGCCCCUCUGGAACAGCAGGGUUCUCAAGAUGUUCACCCGCACCCUGACCCCCCUGGUGCCAGAUGAAAUGAGGAAGAGGAGGAAGGGAGGUGAGGCAGACAGCCUGGAUGAGUUCCUAAAGGACUUGGAGAAUCCUGAGGUGCCCAGAGAGGAGGCUAUGCAGAGGGACAUCAUCGACCAGACCAUCCUGGAGGAGCCCAGUGUGCUGCAGGCAUCAGCCAUGGAGGGCAGCAGGACCACCCUGGACGAGUCAGUCAUGCCCCCACCCUCCUCCACGCACGGCCAGAAACGCAAGGCACAGGACACAGAGCCAGGCUUGCCCAUGGGUACUCUGGAACAGGCCACCAACCAUUCAGGUGUGUCCCAGCAGUUGGACAUGACAGUGUCGCUGCCCCCUGAGGACAGCACCAACCUCAGCCAGUUCCCUGAGCUCGACCUGAUAGAGGAGAAGGACAAGAAGGACGGAGAGGACGGCUCAGAUGAGGAUGAGGAGGGUCAGGCCGGUGACCAGGACCGAGAGGAGAGGAGGUGGAACAAGAGAACCCAGCAGAUGCUCCACGGCCUGCAGAGGGUGAUGGCCAAGACAGGAGCCCAGCAAAUUAGCCUGCUGGAUUUGUGCAGGAACAACAACAAGAAGCAGGCUGCCGCCAAGUUCUACAGUUUCCUGGUUCUGAAAAAGCAGCAGGCGGUGGAGCUCAACCAGACCGAGCCAUACAGCGACAUCAUCGCCACCCCCGGAGCCCGCUUCCACCUCAUCUAGAGACUCAACACUGGCUGCUUUUACUGAAACUUUUUUUUUUAUCCUCUUACCUAUGUGUUUUUGUCUUUUCUUGAGAUAAGAAUGUUUUUUAAAGGUCAAGUGUGGGGAUGAGGUCUCUGAAUCAUGAAUGGUGGGAUUGUAAUUCUGUGUAUUUUGGGCUUUUGUUAUCCAAUGAAAGUGCUUUGUGUUUUGCUAGAAUGUGAGUCUUAAUCCAAUCAUGUUGCUUUCCAAGGUUCUAUUUCUCUCCCAUUAAAAAAUAGUUAUGUUUUAUACCCUUUAGCCAAAAGGAGCGAGUUUCUGAAACACUCAACUGAAUUGCAUCCACCAGCAAUCUUAUUUUGAAGACCAAUAGUAUUUUAGUAGCUUCAAGCAUUCCAAUGGGUUUGUUCUUAAUUCUGCUUUUACAGUCCUUGACUGUAAUUUGUUUUAUAUCGGCAGACAUUUAGGUCUCCAUUGUUGUGGGAUUUGAGAAUGGGCUCCAGAGUGGCGCAAGGCACUGCAUAUCAGUGCAAGAUGCGUCACUACAAUCCCAAGCUGUAUCACAUCCGGCUGCGAUUGGGAGUCCCAUAGGGCGGCGCACAAUUGGCCCAGCAUCGGCAGUCAUUGUAAAGAAGAAUUUUUUUUAACGUACUUGCCUAAUUACAGGUUAAAAUCAUGUAGAUUUAAAAAAAGAAACUCUACCCUCAUUGCCUGCUCCAGUUUCAAAUAUUUUUUAUUCCAAGUAAUUCCUCCUGAAUUGCAUUUUAUGGUAUUACUUGAAUAAUUCCCUUUUAAGUCACAUACACUUAUCAAUGAUCUAUUUUAAUGGUUUGGCCAGAAUAAGACUUCUCGCAUCAGAUAUUAAGCUAUUUAACAAAAUCUAAAUUUCAAUUGUGGGUGUCCAGAAAUGACAUUUCAUUCAUCAACUCUGAUGCAGAUCAAUGUCAAGUAAUCUCUGGCAAAUAGAGAAACUUUUAUUUGGUAUUAAUAAUCUAAAAGAUAGUUUUGAUGCAAUAACUACUGGGAAGUCUUAAUUCACUUGUGCUUAGGUGUUGUGACAGUCAUUCUUUGAUAGUUUGAAUACGAUAUUGCUCAUCUUAUGGUUCAUAGCUACAAAUGCAAUGUUUUGAUACCCACAAACUUCUGAAAUUGUAUAUCAUGUAAUGUUUCAGCUCAUCCCUUUAACUCUGCGCCGGUAAACUUGCAUUCUCCUUUUUGUAUAAAACCCAAAAUGACACCGCUUGUAGAUACUGUUGCUGAAGUGUAUUAUGAUGCAAUGCCUGUAGUCCUGAGGCCCAGCAACUUGUUACUUUUCUAAUAAAAUGAAUACUGUUUCAACA